GGGAGGGGGCACCAGCGAAGGCACAGCGCUUAGCUGAAGCUAAAUCACCGCACUCAAGGAAACAAAACAAUAUAGAAUAGGGUUGACGGUGUGCAGCGAGCACAGAUCCUCUCUCGAUACAAAAAGGCGUUUUCCCGUGGAAUGAGCGUUCCAUGCAGCAUCCUAGGUAUGAAUGACGUGGGCUGGCAGGAGACGAGGGGUGGGGUGCUGCACGCAAAUGGCGCUCCUGAGACCGGGGGCAUUAGGGUUCAUGCUGGAGGUCCCCUAACCACAGUUGGGGGUGCUGGGCACCUACAAGGCAUGGACAGGAAUCCCAACCUUACUCCGGGUACACCCCAACCUCCGCUGAGCGGGAGAUCUCAGGAUGAUGCCACAGUCGGGUACUUCUUUCAGAGACAGCCCGGAGAGCAGCUUGUUGGUUGCACAAUCAGUAAACAUCGCUGGCCUACUGGAGAUUCUAACCAUGUUGAUCAGGUCAGACCAGUUGAUGAAAUGAACUAUGACUUUCAGGCUCUGGCUUUAGAAUCGAGGGGAAUGGGAGAGCUUUUGCCAGCCAAAAAGCUCUGGGAUUCUGAUGAGCUCACCAAGGACGGAAGGAAAGGGAUGAUUCUUGGAGAAGAAUGGAGGGGCAACGCCUGGGGAUCAUCCCAUCACUCAGUAUCUCAGCCAAUCAUGGUACAGCGACGGCCAGGUCAGGGUUUCCACGGGAACGGCGAUGCCAACUCUGUGCUUUCACCGCGCUCAGAAGGCGGCGGUCUGGGAGUCAGCAUGGUGGAGUACGUCCUGAGCUCUUCUCCUGGGGAUAAGAUGGAUGGUCGCUACAGGAACGGUGGCUUUGGUGGAGGAAAUAUUGAUCAAGAUGUUAGAGAGAAAAGUGAUGCACAAGACAAGGUUUCACCUUUUGAAGAAGAUAAAAGCGCAGAGAUGAAAGUGGGGGAGGAAAGCGAUCCGACUAAAACCAAUGGAAGAGUUCUCCUCAACGGCAUGGAUAGAGACUGUAAAGACUUUAAUCCUACCCCUGGAAGUCGUCAAGCUUCCCCCACUGAAGCUGUGGAGAGGAUGGGUCCCAGUCAGGCCGGUUUGGAAAUGAUGGGACAACACCACCCUCACGUCCUCCAACAACAAAAUCCCGCUCAAAACAAGAUCCCAGGCGAGGACUUUCAGAACCAGGACCCCCAGAACAUGGGAGGGAUGGAGCAACAAGCUGGUGUGGAGUCAUUGCAGUUUGACUAUGCUGGAAACCAGAUCCAGAUGGACCCCUCAGGAACUCCUGUGGGAUUGUUCGACUACAGCUCCCAACAGCAAUUGUUCCAGAGAUCAAACCCUCUGACUGUUCAGUCGCUUACUGCAGCUCAGCAGCAGCAGUACGCUCUGGCUGCAGCUCAGCAGCAGCAUCUCGCUGGCCUUGCUCCUGCAUUUGUGCCAAACCCCUACAUCAUUAAUGCCCCCCAUGGAACUGACCCCUACACUGCUGCUGGACUGGCAGCAGCAGCUACACUUACAGGCCCCACUGUUGUACCCCCACAGUACUAUGGUGUUCCUUGGGGGGUGUACCCAGCCAGUCUUUUUCAGCAACAGGCUGCAUCCACUGCCAGUCACUCUGCUAAUCAGCAAGCAUCCAAUCAGGGUCCAGGACCAGGCCAGCCACAGGUAAUGCGCACAGGAGCCAACCAGCGACCUCUUACACCCGGACAAGGCCAACAGAGCCAGCAGGAAUCUUUAGCUGCUGCAAACUCUGCACUGGCUUACGCAGGAAUGCAGGGUUAUCAGGUUUUGGCCCCUGCAGCCUAUUAUGACCAGACUGGAGCUCUGGUGAUGGGCCCUGGUGCCCGAACAGGUCUUGGUGGGCCUGUUCGUCUGGUCCAGACGCCUCUCCUCAUUCCCUCUGCAGCAGCACAGGCUGCAUCUGCAUCUGGUUCUGGCAACAACAUGUCGGGACCCCCUGCCAAUGGGCUGUACCGCUCCAUCCCUCAACCUCAGCCUCAACCACAGCAGCAGCAGGCUCCCCCACCCAGCAGCGGUUUGCCCUCAAGUUCAUUCUAUGGAUCUGGAUCGGUCCCCAACACUUCUCAAAGCAGCUCGCUGUUUUCCCACAACUCCGCUGCUCCACCCCCAAGUUCCUCCUUGGGCUUCAGCAACACAGGCGGCUCUCUUGGCGUUGGCCUGGGCUCUGCUCUGGGAGGCUUCGGCUCCUCAGUAUCCAGCUCUACGAGUAGCAGCGUAUCUCGUAGGGACUCUUUGCUGGCAAGUUCUGACCUAUACAAACGAGGCGGCAGCAGCUUAACCCCCAUUGGUCAGCCGUUUUACAACAGUCUGGGUUACUCCUCUUCACCCAGCCCGAUUGGCCUGACUCCAGGCCAUUCCCCACUCACCCCUCCACCUUCUUUGCCCUCUUCUCAUGGAUCUUCUUCCAGCAUUCACCUAGGUGGCUUGCCAAAUGGCAGCGGGCGUUACAUUUCUCCUGCUCCAGGAGCUGAGGCCAAAUAUCGCAACGCCGGCGGCACAUCUAGUCUCUUCAACUCCAGCAGCCAGCUGUUCCCUCCCAUCCGGCCCCGCUAUAGUCGCUCAGAUGUCAUGCCUUCUGGCCGCAGUCGCCUGCUCGAGGACUUUAGGAACAACCGCUUCCCAAAUCUGCAGCUCCGGGAUCUGCCAGGUCACAUGGUGGAGUUCUCUCAGGACCAGCAUGGAUCCAGAUUUAUUCAGCAGAAACUGGAGAGGGCGACUCCGGCUGAGAGGCAGAUGGUGUUCGGGGAGAUUUUGCAAGCAGCAUAUCAGCUGAUGACUGAUGUAUUUGGGAAUUAUGUGAUUCAGAAGUUCUUUGAGUUUGGAAGCCCAGACCAAAAACUGGCCUUGGCCACGCGCAUUCGUGGACACGUUCUCCCCCUGGCUUUGCAGAUGUACGGCUGCAGGGUUAUACAGAAAGCUCUGGAGUCCAUUUCCUCAGACCAGCAGGUAAUUGGUGACAUCGUGAGGGAGUUGGAUGGCCACGUGUUGAAAUGCGUGAAGGACCAGAAUGGAAACCACGUGGUGCAGAAGUGCAUUGAAUGUGUCCAGCCUCAGGCUUUGCAGUUCAUCAUUGAUGCUUUCCAGGGACAGGUGUUUGUGCUUUCCACACAUCCUUACGGCUGCAGAGUUAUUCAAAGGAUUUUGGAGCACUGCACUCAGGAGCAAACUCUCCCCAUCCUGGAGGAGCUGCAUCAGCACUCGGAACAGCUGGGCCAGAAAUAUCAAGCCGUAUCAUUGGAGAUGACACCCAAAACAUAUUAUACAGUGUCCCGUGAUGCACUGUUCAAGGAUCAGUAUGGUAACUACGUCAUUCAGCAUGUUUUGGAGCAUGGCAGACCUGAGGAUAAGAGCAAAAUUGUGGCAGAGGUUCGAGGUAAAGUCCUCGCCCUCAGUCAGCAUAAAUUUGCAAGUAAUGUUGUGGAGAAGUGUGUGAUCCACUCCUCGCGCGCAGAGAGAGCUCUGUUGAUAGACGAGGUGUGCUGCCAGAAAGAUGGCCCCCACAGCGCCUUGUACACCAUGAUGAAGGACCAGUAUGCCAACUAUGUCGUCCAAAGAAUGAUUGAUAUGGCGGAACCGGCUCAACGUAAAAUCAUCAUGCACAAGAUUCGGCCUCACAUCGCUACUCUGCGCAAGUACACGUAUGGAAAACACAUCCUGGCCAAGCUAGAAAAGUACUACAUGAAGAGCGGCACUGAACUGGGUCCAAUUGGCGGCCCCACAAAUGGGCUUAUGUAGUCCUGCUGAUAUCCUGGAUCCCCUAAAGUGGAGGAGUAGGACCCCCUGAUCUGUGAGAGAGGCUCCUUUUUAGCCAUAGGUGUUAGACUUUGACAAACUCUUUCAUCCUUUCUCUUUCCUUCCUCUCUUUUUCCCCCCCUCCUUUAUGGAGGGAAGGAAAAGUCACCUAAGAAUGCUGUGACAACUGCCCCCCCGCGUCACUAUGCCGCCCCUGGUGCUGGACCCCAGUGUGGCUCCAAGGGCAUGUGCAGUGAGCUAGCUUUUGUUUAGUUUUCCCCGGGCAAAGCACAAGUUCAGUGUCAAUGAUGUGAUAGAUGUAUUUGACUGGUUUUCAUAUUAUCUUGUAUAUUUAGUUUUUUACCUUGUAAAUUCUCUAUACAAAAAAAAAAA